GGAAGCUUGUCCUAUUGCCCCAUCCUGCUUCAUGGGAAUAUUUUGGGACCUUUGCCAUACAUACGUAUGAGGGGAUUUUUUGAUUUUUCUGUCGGAUUCAGAAAGGCUCGGAAUGAAACAUUGCUUAUUGGGAACCUCCUAGCUCUCACCUGGAUACUCGGCACAUUUCACGAUAGAGCGAUUUUCUAUCACGGAAUCUACAAAGCGAAGCAAUGCCUCUCCGUUCAUCCCAGCCAUCAGUCUCGUCUUCUCCAAGCUUAAAACGAAAACAGCCUACCAUCGCCAGUUUCUUCACCAAGAAACCGCAGGUGGCGCAACCAUCCUUGUCGAACGACGCCGAAAGACCGGACACCAAAGCGGCGGGACAUAAAGACGAUCAUGAAAUAGCGGAAGAAGAAGAAGAUGAUGAUGAUAUUGUUGGCCCAGCGUCGAAAAGGGCCAAGAUUAAUGGAUUUCACGCCGAACCCAAGUCACAAAGCCCAACAGCGGAGGCGAAGUUAACUUCCCCGUCAACAUCAGCGCCAAAUCCAAAAGCUAAGCCAAAGCCAAAGUCUCUGUCCUCGUCUCGAACAGAUGAACCCGUACAACCGGCAGGUAGUCAAAGAACGGAGCUAUCCAAGUUUGCGAGCUCUCCUGGGGCAGCGCAGGGAAGCGAUAGAGCCGUUGAGCUGGAUGGGUUGGACGAAGAGGAAGCUAGUCGACGGCAGAAUGAAAGAGAGAAGCUGCACCAGAAGUUUGUUCGGAAAUUAGGCGGAGCGGACUGUCUUAUUGGAAUCGGACGAAGUAGUAGAUUCAAUGACGCUGUUGUGCCGGUUGACGAGGGUGCGGAGGGCGAGGACGAUGAAGAGGCGGCGCCUGCGCCUCCUGCUCCGACGAAAGGAAGGGGAGGGAAAAAAGCCACUGGGAAACUCACACCGAUGGAGAGGCAAAUCAUCGAUAUAAAGCGGAAACACAUGGAUACAGUUUUACUGGUUGAAGUAGGGUAUAAGUUUCGGUUUUUUGGCGAGGAUGCGCGAAUUGCAGCCAAGGAGUUGAGUAUUGUUUGCAUUCCGGGGAAGAUGAGAUAUGAUGAACAUCCUUCCGAAGCGCAUCUUGAUCGGUUUGCCUCUGCGAGUAUACCGACUCAGAGACUCCAUGUUCAUGUGAAGCGCCUCGUUACUGCGGGUUACAAAGUGGGUGUUGUUAGGCAGCUCGAGACUGCGGCGUUGAAAGCGGCUGGCGAUAACCGCAAUGCCCCAUUUGUCCGCAAACUCACCAAUGUGUACACGAAGGGGACGUAUAUUGAUGAUGUUGAGGGUCUGGACGGAUCUACGGCUGCGGCUUCUGGGGGCGCCUCCGCGACGGGUUAUAUCCUAUGCAUCACGGAGGUGAAUGCCAAAGGCUGGGGUAAUGACGAGAAGGUACACGUUGGAGUUGUCGCUGUCCAACCAACCACCGGGGACAUUGUCUACGACGAAUUCGAUGACGGGUUUAUGAGAAGCGAGAUUGAGACGCGGUUACUCCAUAUUGCACCUUGUGAGCUUCUUAUCGUCGGUGAACUGUCGAGAGCCACAGAGAAGCUAGUUGAACAUCUCUCCGGGAGCCAGACAAAUGUCUUUGGUGAUAAAAUUCGUGUGGAGAGAGCCCCGAAGACGACAACCGCCGCAGCUGAAUCACAUAGCCAUGUGUCGUCUUUUUACGCCGCAAAAAUGAAAUCGGUGAACGCUGCAGAUGACGAGGUGGCUAGUAGCUUGCUCCAAAAAGUGCUGAAUCUGCCAGACCAGGUCACGAUCUGUCUUUCGGCUAUGAUCAGGCAUAUGACCGAGUAUGGGUUGGAACAUGUUCUGGAGUUGACCAAAUACUUCCAGCACUUCUCCUCUCGCUCGCACAUGCUUCUCAAUGGAAACACUCUUACCAGCCUUGAGAUUUAUCAGAAUCAAACGGACUACUCGUCUAAGGGCAGUCUCUUCUGGACCUUAGAUCGAACCCAGACACGUUUCGGGCAGCGAUUACUUCGGAAAUGGGUUGGACGACCUCUGCUAGAUAAGCACCAGCUGGAAGAAAGAGUCAACGCUGUCGAGGAGUUGAACCAUCCAGAUAACACCACAUCAGUUGAGCGAGUCAAGGCUCUACUUGCGCGAGUGAAGCAUGACCUCGAGAAGGGAUUGAUUCGGAUAUACUAUGGAAAGUGCACCCGACCUGAGCUCCUCACCAUGCUUCAGACAAUGCAGAUGAUAGCGCAAGAGUUUGUGGAUGUCAAGGCUCCUGAAGACACCGGCUUUUCUUCGCGCGCUAUCAGUCAAGCCAUGGCAUCUCUCCCGGCGAUAAUGGACGACGUGGUAUUCUUUCUCAACAAAAUUAACAUGCAUGCGGCUAAAAGUGAUGAUAAAUAUGCGUUUUUUAGGGACGCAGAAGAGACGGAAGAGAUUAGUGAGCAGAAGUUGGGGAUUGCGGCCGUUGAGCAUGAGCUAGAGGAGCAUCGCUCUGAAGCCGGGGACGCUCUCACCAAGAAGACCGUGAACUAUGUAUCUGUGGCCGGCAUUGACUACCUGAUCGAGGUGGAGAAUAACUCGCCCUCGAUCAAACGCGUGCCCGCAUCCUGGGUGAAAGUCAGCGGCACCAAGAAAGUGUCGAGAUUCCAUACUCCUGAAGUUAUCAAAAUGAUCCGGCAACGAGACCAGCACAAGGAAGCGCUCGCCGCAGCGUGUGACAAAGCCUUCUUGGCCCUUCAAGCCGAAAUCGCAACCAACUACCAAAAUCUCCGAGACUGCGUGCAGUCCCUGGCGACGCUUGACUGUUUGAUAUCGCUGGCUACCAUCGCCCGCCAGCCGGGGUACGUGAAACCCGAAUACACGGAAGAGACACGCAUCCAUGUGCAACAGGGACGUCACCCGAUGGUUGAGCAACUGUUGCUCGACAGCUACGUGCCCAAUGACAUUGACCUGGACAGCGACCAGACGCGCGCGCUCUUAGUCACAGGGCCCAACAUGGGCGGCAAAUCCAGCUACGUACGGCAGGUCGCGCUCAUUGCCAUCAUGGGCCAGAUUGGAUCCUACGUUCCAGCUCAAUCAGCAAAACUAGGCAUGCUCGACGCAGUAUUCACCCGGAUGGGCGCCUUUGACAACAUGCUAGCCGGUGAGUCUACAUUCAUGGUGGAACUUUCCGAGACGGCAGAUAUCCUCAAGCAGGCGACCCCACGUUCGCUGGUGAUUUUGGACGAAUUAGGACGAGGAACGUCCACACACGACGGCGUGGCCAUUGCCCAGGCGGUUUUGGAUUACAUGGUCCGGUCCAUCCGCAGUCUGACCCUUUUUAUCACGCAUUACCAGCAUCUCGCGUCCAUGGUGUCCGCCUUUCCCGACCACGAGCUACGAAACGUGCACAUGCGUUUUAGUGAGUCCGGGACUGGGGCGGGAUCGGGCGCUGCGGCUGACGAGGAGAUUACAUUUCUGUAUGAGGUUGGCGAAGGCGUUGCGCAUCGUAGCUACGGGUUGAACGUGGCUCGAUUGGCGAAUCUCCCAGCACCAUUACUGGAGCUGGCGAAGCAAAAGAGUGCAGAGCUGGAAGACAAAAUCCGGCGUCGUCGACUUGCGGGACUCAUGGCGGCGGUUGGGGAGAUGAUCAAGAGGGAUUCGACUGAGGGAGCGAUUGAACGAUUGAUCACCAGUGUGAUAUCUAGCUACAAUCUCUCUCUGUUAAAAAUUAGGAGGAAUCCUCAAAAGUACCCUAGGUUGGAUGGAUGCCUGAAAAGUCAGGAACGUUCGGAGACCUCUUUCAUCCGUCAAUUCCCCGCUACAGAGCAGACCGACGUUUCCGAUUACAUUAAUUGCUUGUCAUUAUCCUUUCGUUUGAAAUUCAAGAAUCUGGACUCCUACCCCGCGCCGAAAUCAAGAUGGAUCUCGUUAACCAAGGGCCGCCUCCAACAAGCCACCCUUGACCUGCUCGCUGGCUGUGACAUCCAAUUCCGCCGCGAAAACCGUCUCGACAUCGCCCUCGUCAAGAACCUCCCCAUCGCGCUAAUCUUCCUCCCCGCGGCCGACAUCCCAACCUUUGUCGGCGAAGGCCGCGUCGACAUUGGUAUCACGGGCCGCGAUCAAGUCGCUGAACACGAUGCGCAACUACCCUCGGGAGAAACCUCCAUGGUUGAGGAGAUCAUGGAUUUGGGAUUUGGAGGGUGUAAACUGCAAGUCCAGGUUCCGGAGAAGGGCGACGUCACGGAAGCGAAGCAGUUGAUUGGACGGAAUAUCGUGACGAGCUUUACGGCGCUGAGCGCGGCGUUCUUUGCAAAGCUGGAGGGCGUAAGCGAUUUGAAGGAGAUGAGCACGAAGAUCAAGUAUGUUGGUGGAAGUGUGGAGGCGGCUUGCGCAUUGGGAGUGGCCGAUGGCAUUGUGGAUCUUGUUGAAUCCGGUGAAACCAUGAGAGCCGCCGGCCUUACGGCCAUCGACACCGUUGUCGAGAGUACCUCGGUGCUGGUGAAAUCCAAGAACACGCAAAACCCUCUGGUGGAGUUGAUUUCCUCUCGUAUCCGUGGUGUUAUUACCGCCCAAAAGUUUGUCCUGUGCCAGUACAACAUCCACCGCAACAGCCUCGUUACCGCAUGCAGCAUCACCCCGGGCAAGCGCGCGCCCACCGUCACAGCCCUAGAAGAGGACGGCUGGGUGGCUGUGAGCUCGAUGGUCGAGAAGAAGAAGAUUGCAACCGUGAUGGACGAGUUGACCAAGGUUGGCGCGACAGAUAUCCUAGUGCUAAGCAUUACCAAUUCACGAACGGACUAA